AAUCGUCUUCAACCUUGGAUGUUUAAAAAUCAACCUCCAUUACUGCAAUUUAAUUGUCUCUCACGUCAUUUGAGUUUGGUAGCGUUCAAAAUUUUCAUCUCUCUUACAUCACCCUCAUUCUCUCACCUAUACUUUUAUGUUGUAAACUCUCUUGUUCUUCAAUCUCAUAUUCUCAUCUCUCGGAUUAUUUAUGCAGAAGGGGAAAUAUGGCGAAAAAUUUGAGGGCUUUGAAGUGGUCCAUCUUCUAUUAGCUUCAUACAAUUGCAUCUAUACAAGGUAAUUGCAUCUCAAUGGGUUGUACUGAAUCAGAAUCAGUUACGUUAAAGUUGUGGCAUGGUGCCAUGGUGGGUUGUUCAAAAGGGAUAAACAUGGGUUCUUGGUUUACAUCGGUGGGGCAGCUAAGACAUUUCAUACGAAUCAGUUACGUUAAGCCUCCCAACAGCUCCUCAAGCAGCCCAUACCCCUAUUCCUGGUGAGUUUUGGAAUGAUCAAAGGCCGGAAAGUCCUUUGCCAUACAAUAAGGAACUUUUUGGUGAAUUCAGUUCAUAAAAGGGAGCCAAAUGAUCCACCUUAUCAGCCAGUUUGGGAGGAUGAUCAGUAUUAUGCUUGCGAUGCUGGGGAAUAUAAUGAAGAGUACGAUGAUGAAUAUAAUGAAGAGUACGAUGAUGAAUAUGAUGACGAGUAUAGUGAUGAAGAUGAUGAUGAUGUAUACAGGGAUGUUGACGAUGAGAUUGAGGCUGAAAUUGAAUUUGAGGAGCUAGAGAAUGAUGAUGCCUACACAACCGAUGAAGAGUAUAAAACUGCUAAAGAGAGAGUAAAGGGGGCUAAAAAGAAGUUGUUUGAUCUUGUACAUCAACUAAGUAAGGAAGCCGAAUCUAAUAAAGCAAGGGAUGACAAGGAGGGUCAUGUUAAGGGUGACAAGGAGGGUCCUAUUGCUUCUGAACAAGGUGGCUAUGUUAGUGAAUAUGAGUUGUCUGCAGAUGAGAUCCACACACCAGAUGAGAGUGAAGAAGAAGGAGAUCUAGGUCAAAUUAGGAGGAAAAUAAGCAGAGGAUUGGUUGUGCCCGAGGAUACAGAUUUCUCAUUGUUUCGGUGGAAGGCCGGGCAAAGAUUUCUUAACAGAGGGGCAUUUCAGAAAGUAGUGGCUAGUUAUGCCAUAAUACAAGGGAGGAAUCUGAUGUUUGAUAGGAGUAAAAAAACAGAGGACAAAGGCUCGGCGUUUGUUGUGUUCCUGGGUGUCCAUUUAGGUUGUAAUCAUCCUGGGAUUCAAGGAGGGCUGCCUUUGUUGUAAAAACAGUUCGUAAUGAACCACAUGUUACAGAAACAUGAAGAAGAACAAACAACUCAAAUCAACCUGGCUUGCAACACAGUUUUAAGAAGUGUUAAGGCAGACCCCAUUGGCUUGGUAAGGAGAUUAUGGAAACCGUAAGGAGGGCUUACAAAGUUGUUAUAAAGAGGGAUUUUUCCUACAAAGUAAAAUAUAAUGCUCAUAGAAUGCUACAUGGGUCUACGAAAGACCACUACAAGAAAUUAGGAAGGUAUUUACAAGCUUUAAAGAUGUCAAGUCCAAAUACUCAUUUUUCUCUUGUUACCGAUGCAACUGACUAGAAGGAUCCUCCUAUGUUUAAGAGAUUGUUUUUUUGCUUAGAUGGGGUGAAAAAGGGGUGGUUAGAAGGUUGCAAAAGGGUUAUAUUUUUAGAUGCAUGUUUCUUGAAAACAUUCCUUGGUGGACAAUUGAUGGCUGUUGAAGGAGAAAAUAAUUAUUCAUGGGAGUGGUUUGUCACUGAGUUGCAAGGGUAUCUUGGACUUGGGGAAGGAGAUAAAAUGGCUAUAUUGUCUGAUGAACAUCAGGGAAUCUUGAAUGUCGUUGAUGAGGUUCUUCCCAAAGCCGAGCAUAGACAUUGUGCUAGGCACAUUUUUGCUUUGUGGCACAAGAAUUUUAGAGGUGAUGAGUUUAAGUUGUUGUUUUGGAAGGCUUCAAAGACAUAUAACGAGGCUGAUUAUAAUGAGGCUUUAGAUGAAAUGGAAGCUGUGAAUCCAGAUGCAGUAAUUGCAUUCAAGAUCUACAAUCCCAAGGUAUUUUGUAGGGCAUUCAUGGACAUAACAACAAAGGUUGAUGUUAUAGUGAAUAACCUUGCAGAAACGUUCAACGGUUACAUCAUUAAUGCUCGAGUUAAGCAUUUAAUAUACAUGCUUGAAGAUAUAAGGUUGGCAUUAAUGCAGAGGUUGGUAAUCAAGAGAAAAGACAUGGAGAAAUCUAAAGCAAUUGUGUGCCCAAGAAUUCAGGUUAAAAUGGAGAAAGAGAAGCUACUUGCUGCUAAUUGCACUCCAUGUCCAUCUUCAGAGGCAUUAUUCCAAGUUAACCAAUUCAUGGAUAGUUACAUAGUUGAUGUUCAAGGUAGGACAUGCACUUGUAGUAAGUGGGACAUGACUGGGAUACCCUGUUGUCAUGUAGUGGCAUGUAUUUUCUUUACAAAUAGGGAAGCUGAAGAAUAUGUUGAUGACUGCCAUAAAAGAGAUGUGUACUUACAAGCAUAUGCCGGGUCUAUUCCUCUUUGUGCAGGGGAAAACAUUGGCCUAGGUUUGAGUUUCCACUAGACCCUCCUCCUAUUAAGAUAGGCCCAGGGAGACCUAGGUUGAAGAGGAGGAGGGGUCCUCAUGAAGAUCUUAAGAGACCCGGAAAAAUGACUCGACAUGGAUUGGAGAUGACUUGUUCUAUCUGUCAGCAAAAAGGGCAUAAUAAGAGACGAUUAAUGAGAAGUUGGUACUAGGUAGAGCUAGAGAUGGCCAGUGGGCCGGGUCCGACCCAACUCACCCUGACACAACCCGUAGUGGGUUAAGUGGGUCGGACCCACUUACGACUCGUAACUCAGCCCAACCCAACUCGCGUAUAAUGUUGAUGGGUCGUGUGUCAAAAAUUUUGAACACAACCCAUUUCGACCCACCCCACUAACCCGAAACGACGCACCACGGCACACCCAACCCACUUAACCCAACCCACCUAACACAUGAACAUGACACACUUAACCCUGCCCAUUUAACCCGGCCCACCCAACACACGAACAAGACCCACCCAACCCGUCAUCCUCAACCCGAUUUUAUGACUCAUAUUUGACAAAAAAAAGAAAUACUUAAAUAUAUAAUAGUUUUACUUUUAAUCAUAAAAUUUAAUAAUGUGUAAAAUGGAUAAUAUUAUAUGGGCUUUUGCAACAUAUAAAUAGUCCAAAACUAGUUAAACUACAAUUCUACAAAUCCAACGGAUCUAUCUAGAAUCAAAUAAAUACUUUGUAUUUUUUUUUAAUAAAUGUUUAGGGUUAGAAACCCACGUAUAAAAUAGAAGUGAGAGAAUUCAUUUGACAUUCUCACAAUCUCACAUGGAUGUCCUAGUAGGGACACAUCAAUAGUUCAAGAAUAUCCACCUAAAAGACCAAUGGGGAGACCAAGAAAAAUAGGGAUAUACCAUCUAAUGUCACAACUACUUAUGACGAUAUUAGUCAUCACACUACUACUGCUGAACCUACUAGAACGGGAAGGGGUGGUAGAGUUAUCAAACAAGGAAAAAGUUCUAGGGGGGAAGAGGUGGAAGAGGGAGAGGAAGAGGAUGUGGGGGAACAAAUAAAGAGGUGGGUGCAGGUGGUGGUAGAAGAGGAAAAGGAAGGGGGAGAGGGAGAGGGAGAGGAAAGGGAGAAACAACUGCUUAGAGAGCGGAAGGCAGGGGUAGAACUGGUGCUAGAGGAAGGGGGGAAAACGUAAGUACAUUCCCUAAUCAAAUUUAUGAAUUUUACAAAGUUUCACUGUAUUGUCACUUAGCUUACUAAAUGUUUAAAAUUUGAUAGAUUCCGAAAGGUGUUGGGAUAUUAUUUUCAAAUGAUGGAACAUCAUUCACUAAUGUAAGUGUUCGUGUUGAAUUAAGUUUACCAUGCAUAAAACUCUACUUUAUUACAAAAAUUUUACUUAUCUUUAGUUAUAACUUAUAAGUAC